AUGAGAUUCACUUUUUGGCAGCUGCCUGUCAACUUAAUCCAAAGCGAUGAGGAUGAAGAUCUCCCGGACUAUUCAGAGCAGUUUUAUGGACAAGACAAAUCAUUUACUGAGGCAGCUGAUCAGAACAAGAAGUUCACAUCAACCCGGAAUAUGUCUUCGUCAACUCCUCGGACAGCUGCAGCAGCACCUGUUCCACGGUCAGCAGUGAAAAGUUCCAACCCGAGUUCUGGAAAGCGAAGGACACCAUCGGAAAAUCAUCUAGCACAAUCAGUUCCAAACUUCUCAGAAUUCAGGAAAGAGAACACAAAGCCAUUUCCUGGAGCUGGCAAGACCACAAACCGUUCUCAGGCGAGAAGCUACUCUCGCAGCAAGAGCAACGGAGAAGAUGUACCACUCACAAAAGAAGACAAUAAGUCGAGACGUUCUCAGCCAUUGAGGAAAAGUACUGCUGGUCCUCCCGAGUUCAAGGAUUUAUCUCUCACAACCGAUGCAACUGUUUUGGCAUCAUUGAAAUCUGAUAAAAAUCAGACCGAGUCAAAGACCUUCUUGAAGAAGGGAAAUGGGAUAGGUCCAGAUGCGGGACCAGGUAUGGCAAAAAUGAAAGCAUCAUCAGCUGUCUCUGAGGCUUUGAGAAGUGAAGACGAAUUUGAAGAUUCUGCUUUCGAAAUGGAGGAUAGUUCUGACGUGAUUAGGGAUGUAGGAGAAGAGGAGCUCGAAACAACUGAGGUGGAAGAUUGUACGAAUGUUGAUAGUAAUGGUAAGUCGAGACAGAGUCAGGAAUCUGAGAAGAUGGUUAUGUCAGAAUCAGACAACAGUGACCCUCAAAGAUCUCAGGUCAGUUUUUCAUCAGUUGCUGAAUUGCCUGCGUCAGUGCCUUCAGCAUUCACUACUGUAGAAGAUUCACCAGCAGAAAGCCCUGUCUCGUGGAACAUGCACCCGUUUUCUUAUCAACACGAGACCUCAGAUGUUGAUGCUAUUGUGGAUUCUCCAAUGGGGAGCCCCGCAUCAUGGAACUCUCACUCCCUAUCUCAAGCAGAAGCAGAUGCUGCUGCUCGAAUGAGAAAGAAGUGGGGAAGUGCUCAGAAACCUGUUCUUGUUAGUUCAUCACAUAACCACUCCCGAAAAGAUGCAACAAGAGGUUUCAAAAGGUUGAUAAAGUUCGGAAGGAAAAGCCGUGGCGAGACUUUGGCUGACUGGAUUUCUGCAACUACUUCUGAAGGAGAUGAUGAUACAGAAGAUGGGCGAGAUCCAGCCAGUCGGUCGUCGGAAGACUUGAGGAAGUCGAGGAUGGGAUUCUCACAUGGCCAUCCUUCUGAUGACGGCUUUAAUGAUGGAGAAUUAUUCAAUGAGCAAGUUCAAGCUCUGCAUACCUCCAUUCCAGCACCUCCUGCCAACUUCAAAUUGAGGGAUGAUCAUGUUUCUGGAAGCGCAAUCAAAGGUGACAUAUUUUUCUGCUGUACUUCUUUGCUUGUGAUUUGUCCUUCCGUCAAUAAGGGAACUUUGACCAAAUCCCACGUUGGGCUUUGUUCUACAGAGACUUUGCCUUGCCCAUUAGGAUUCCACAUAGAGAUUAGCACGAUUGUGGCUAGGCUAGAGGUAGCAAUUAUACCUAAAAUUUGA